AUGUCGACCGAACGUUGGAACGACGACAUCGCCUAUGUCUUCUCCAUUGAUAGAAUAUUCUCACGAAUACACGGCAUGUGGCCACUGCAAACGCAGACGCUAUUCACGAGGACACGAUGGGGCUUCUGUCUUAUUGCGCUGAUUAUGAUAAUACCCUAUAUGAUGUUGGAUCUUACAUCGAGCAAUCAGAACGUAAAUACAGGCAUAGAAAAUCUACUAUUUGGCGUGGGCGUGAUGCUUGCAAUCAUGAAAUAUCUGUGUAUCGGUCUCAGUCAAAAAAAACUAAAUAUAAACAUUAAUGGUGCUAUCGACGAUUGGCUGUCUGUUAAGAAUGACAAGGAAACUCGAAAGAUUAUGAAAAAAUAUGCUUAUAUAGCCAGAGUACUGACUUUUAUGUUACUAUAUUCGAUCGCUGGACGUUUUUCUGUUUACACAUUAGUAGUCCUAUUUAAAAAUCUGAAGCAGAUAUUCUUCACGGAUUCGAAUUUAUUGAAUGCUAAUACAACAAAUUGGAUAUUCUUGAUUCCAUGUGACCAAUUGAGUAAAUCGAUUACUGGUUCGCAAUAUGUUAUAAUCCUUGCCAUUCAACUUGUGCAAGGAGUUAUAGGGUGUUCGGCGCUAUUUAUCGAAAGUAGUUUUUUCUUCAACGUCACCAUGCAUUUCGCUGGUCAGCUCGAGGUGCUCAAAAACAAAUUUCAAACAUUCGCAAACAAGCCAAACACAGAGGCAAAUUAUCGAAAAGAAUUCAUUGGCCUGAUUAACAGGCACAGCAAGCUAAUAGAAUUUUAUCAAAAUUUGGAAGACUCCUUCAAUCUUUUUAUACUAAUCGAACUCGUGACGGUGACGAUUGUGCUUGCAUUCAUAGGAUUACGUAUAAUUUGCUGCCUAAUGGAAAACAAUUACAUUGAAGUAGUGAAAAAUGCUCUAGAUGUAAUCUUUUAUUUAAUAGAAGCAAUGAUAUUUACUUAUGGUGGUGAUUUGUUGCAAAGGGAAAGUGAAGGUAUAUUUGAUGCGAUAUACGCAUCGUCUUGGUAUACGCUUCCUUUAACGCUGAUGAAGGACAUUCACUUCGCAAUGAUGAAGUCAAGCAUUCCGUUUCGGUUAACUGGUGGAAAAUUUUUCUACGUUAAUCGCAAAACAAUGAUGAACAUCCUUAAGACAACAUAUUCUUAUAUUUCUGUUCUACGAGUAGCACUACUAACAAAAUAAUUUUGAAUUCGAGUGAAAAUGCGAUGCGUACAUCUCAAUAUGUGUCAGUUUGUGUGUGAAUAUGUUUGUAUGUAUAUGAUAAGAUUUAAAGUAUGCAGAAAGCAAUAUUAUAUAAAAAUUCAUAUUCAUAAAGAAUGCAAAUAUUUAA